AUGAUCCAUCAUGACGUGAAAGAUUAUGUUGAUGAUCUAGUGGUGAAAUCCAAGAAAGAAGAGGACCAUCUCCAAGACCUCGAGAAAGUAUUCAAGAGGUGCCAGAAAUUCAAAAUGAGGAUGAAUCCUCUCAAAUGUGCUUUCGGGGUGACAGCCGGGAAGUUUCUCAAGUUUCUUGUACAUAGGCAUGGUAUCGAGGCAGAUGAAGACAAGGUCAACAAGCCUGCUCUAAUCGGUAAGGUGGCAAGAUGGUUGUUAGCACUGGGUGAAUUCGAGAUCACAUGUGUAGCUCCCAAUGAAAUCAAAAGCCAAGCCUUAGCUGAUCUCCUUGCCCAAUUUCCAAGUGGUGACUAUGAACCAGUGAGUGAAGAAUUAAGAGGAGAAGUGCAUGUAGCUAUGGCUUCCGAGGAAAGCUUUUGGACAUUGAGCUUUGACGGAGUAGCAGCCAGAGGGAAAGGAGGAACCGGGAUAGUCCUUACAAGCAAAAAUGGAGAAAAGUUAUAUUUGUCUUAUAAACUGGAUUUCCAUUGCUCGAAUAAUGAAGCCGAGUAUGAGGCUCUUAUUUUAGGCUUGAUAGCAACUGAGAAGCACAAUAUCAAGAAGUUUCGGAUUUGGGGGGACUCAAAGCUGAUAGUGAAGCAAGUUUCAGGACAGUUUGUCUUAAAGUAG